AUGGAAAACUCUGGAGACGAGCGAGACUCAAAUCCCCCGACGAGCGACGCUGAAUCCGGCUCCGAGGUCGAGGAUGCUGGACGCGACGCGACGGCUUGGGCUCGCAAGUUUCUCCUCGACGAUUCUUCCUCUGCACACCUUCCAAGCGCGUUUGAUGCCUACUUCACUCAGGCUGGUAAAUCAUCCAAGACCUCUUCAAACGUCUUCUCCCAACUUGUUCCGCCUCUUACUCCCGAAGAAUUCCACGAGCGUAUUCGUGGAAUGAAGGUUCCAGCACUGCUCAACGAGCGGAUAUCCGCACUUGAAGAGUCCCAUGUUAAUUACUUCCCGAUGUACCUUACCGAACUUGCCGUGAACUUCAAUCUCAUAUUCUAUGGCUUUGGUUCAAAGCGCAAGGUCCUCAACCGUUUCGCACGACUUUGUGCGAAGAAGGGACACGUCGUCAUCGCAAACGCGUUCUUUCCUAAUUUCGCUCUAAAGGACUUCCUCGCUUCAGCAGAACAAGUAAUCGGUGCCCCAGAUGUACCCAAUGCUGGCUCUGGGCUUGAAGCACAAUGCAGACGAAUUUUAGAGAAAUACGCUCGGAAGCCCACUGCGCGUCAUUUGUUCCUCAUUAUCCACAACAUCGACGCCCCAGCACUUCGUUCUGAACGUGCUAAGAGCUGUCUUGCAGCACUUGCAUCACAUCGGUCUAUUCACAUAGCAGCUUCCGUCGACCACAUCAAUGCCCCACUCCUUUGGUCAACAACAGAGUCUUUUGCACAACCCAAAGCCAGACAAUCGAGCGGAAGUGAAAAUCACAGUAUUGCAGGACAAGCUCUUCCAACAGGCGGCUUCUCUUGGCUUUGGCACGAUCUUACAACGAUGCAGUCAUACGAUUUCGAGCUCACUUACGCAGACCGCACGUCCUACGCAGGCACAUCAGUUGGGCAACGAGGACGCGGUAUACAAGCUAACAUAGCUGGUAUUGGUACCGCGGGCGGGAUGAUCGCGGAGGGAGCAGCAAAACACGUCCUCGCAUCCGUGACAGCCAAGGCGAAGCGCCUCUUCGCGCUCCUCUGCACGCGGCAAACUGCCGCGAUGGACGCUCUCGCGGCCGAGACGGGUUCCGGUGCUCCCGUGCAGCCCGGGCCACAUGUCGCGACGAGCUAUGAACUACUUUUCGCGGCUGCGCGAGAUGAAUUCAUUGCAACGAACGAUACAGCGAUGCAGGCAUUACUCGGCGAGUACCGCGACCAUGGUCUCGUGGUCUCGUCAAGCGCUGCAGACGGUAGCGGGACAUUGUGGAUUCCUCUACCGAAAGACGCUCUGACACGCCUCGCUAGCGAAAUCAGUUGAAUACUAAACUCCGC